AUGCCAAGGGUGCCAGCUAUCUCCCCGGCGACGGGCCAACCGACUUCGCCUCACUUCAUUCACACCACCGACGCCCAUUUCGUCGACAACGCUGGUCGUACGAUCCUCCUGCGCGGCGUCAACCUCUCUGGCGCGGACAAGGCUCCUGUCGACGCCCAAUCACAGCAACUAGAUGGUUUCUGGGAGGCAGGCGAAAGCGGGGAAGAGAGCUUUGUCGGGCGCCCGCUCAAUCUCGACGACGGAUCCGCCGAUGUCCACCUCGCUCGUCUCAAGGGAUGGGGUUACAACAUGCUGAGAUACGUCGUCACUUGGGAGGCGCUAGAACAUGCAGGCCCCGGCAAGUAUGACUACGAGUUCAUGGAAUACACCGUCCGUGUCCUUCGAAAGUGCAAGGAAUAUGGCUUCAAGGUGUAUCUGGAUCCUCAUCAGGACAUAUGGUCGCGCUUCUCUGGAGGCUCUGGUGCUCCGUACUGGACCCUACCCGCCUGCGGUAUCAACCCCCGCAACUUCACCGCGACGCAAUCCGCUAUUCUACACUCUGAAUACCCCACUCCAGCGGAUGCCAACCCCGCCGACCUGCCCGCCAUGAUCUGGAGCACAAACUAUGGUCGUCUCGCUUCUCAAACCCUCUUCACCCUCUUCUUCGCCGGCCGUGAAUUUGCCCCCAAGUGCAUAAUCGACGGACAGAACAUCCAAGACUACCUCCAGUCGCACUUCAUCGCCGCGUUCGCGCAGCUCGCGGACCGCAUCCGUAACGCGGGCGACCUGCUAGAAGAGUGCGUCAUUGGCUGGGACAGCAUGAACGAGCCAUACGAAGGCUUCUGCGGCUAUGCGGACCUCAACACCGUACCGACGAAGCAGGGCUCGACGCUGAAGAAGGGCUCGUUCCCCACCCCCGCGCAGUCGCUGCGGCUCGGCGUCGGCCGUGCGCAGACUGUCGACAACUGGAAGUUCACGACGAUGGGUCCGAAGCGCGACGGAACGGUGACCAUCGACCCACAAGGGCAGAAGAUGUGGGCGGACCCCGAGUCCGAAGUCGGCGGCGUCCACCCGAAGUGGGGCUGGCGGCGCGACCCUGGCUGGAAGCUUGGGACAUGCAUAUGGGCGCUGCAUGGGGUGUGGGAUAUUGAGAGUGGCGCUGUGCUCAUCCCGGACUACUUCCGCUACCGCGCUGACGGCCAGGAGGUCGUGUUCAUCGACGACUUCUGGCGGCCUCAUUGGCAGGAUUUCGCUAUGCGCAUGCGGGAGUCCCAUCCCGAGGCGAUCUUGUUCGUAGCCCCACCCGUAUUCGUCCCUCCUCCGGAGAUCAGCGAAGACUAUCUCAAGGGCCGUUGCUGCCUGUCUACCCACUACUACGAUGGCCUCACCCUCGUCACACGGCACUGGAACUGGUUCAACGCUGACGCACUGGGCAUACUCCGCGGCAAGUAUUCGUCAAAUCUCCCCGCGGUGAAGAUUGGAGAGCGCGCGAUCCGCAAAUCGCUACAAGAGCAGCUCGGCUAUCUGAAGGCCGACGCGGAGAUCCUCGGCGCGUAUCCAACCAUCAUUGGCGAGAUUGGCAUUCCGUACGACAUGGACGGCAAGAAAGCGUACGGCUACACGGACGGCGGGAAGUACAAGGGCGACUUUUCCAACCAGCAGAAGGCGCUUGACGCGAGCCUGAACGCCGCCGAUGGCCCGAACGCGCUCAACUACACGAUCUGGAACUACUGCCCGGAUAACUCGCACGCAUGGGGCGAUGGCUGGAACAUGGAGGACCUGAGCGUCUGGAGUCCGGACGACCUGCGCCCGACGACUCAGUAUCGGAUGCAGAAGGGUGACGCGUUCCCCAGCGCUGGACACAAUAAACUUCGCCGCAGCGCUACACCGUCUACCGGGUCGAGCCUCUCCCUCUCCACGAUCGUUCCGGAGAGCCCUGCGAGCGACGACACCGCUGUUUCGUCGCGUAUGCCCGCUCCGAACCCGUUCGCACAUUGGGACAGUGCAUACGACUUCCUCACGGACGGGACGCGCGCUGCGAAAGCGUUCUGCAGACCCUUCCCUACCGCAGUCGUCGGCAUCCCGUCCGACAUUCAGUUCGACCUCUCCAAGGCGGAGUUCAAGCUCACCGUGCGUGUCCGCCCGGAAGAUGCACCUCGGCGAGAAGGCCUCGGGCUCAGAACCUUCGUAUCCUUGCGGCACGACGAAGCGGAGUUACCAACGGAGAUAUACGUGCCCCUGGUACACUACGCAAGCGGCAAGGCACUCUCAACCCCGCAACGUGAACAGUCACCUGCCUCCUCCCACCACGGUCCGCUCUCCAAGUCCUUCGAUACUCUCACCGGCGUGAACUCCGGCCACGCUGUAGAUCCGUUGAGGCUGCUCUCUGACGACCCCCAUCUCCUUGCGCUCGACGUCGACAUCUCGGCUGGACGCUGGACGCUCGAGGGCCAGACGCUCAAGUGGUGGUACCCCGUCCCUUCCUCUGGCCAGGCCCGCGAAUAUACGAUCACCGUCCGCCGGGCUGGCGGAGCGAUUAAGACCGCCGAGGAGCAGGCUAGCGCCUGCUCAUUAUGGGGCAUGCUGUCCUCCUGCUUCGGCUGGUGCUGCACCGUCAUGUAG